GUGUGUUCAGUCAGUAGCAUGGCGUAUCUCAGCCUCCUGCUGCUCAGCACCGCUCUGAUCCACGCCGCUCAGGCUCUACCUGCUGCUCGCGGCGGCGGGCGUGGCCGGGAUGUCUCAGUGGGCGUAGUCACACGCCAGCGCAGAGAUCUCCGUAACCUGUUGCCUUAUGAGGAGCAGAUGAUGUCAUAUCCCGCCAGUCAGGGAGGAGGCGGGGUCAACAACCUUUACUACCAAUCAGAUGACUGGAGGGGGCGGGGCUUGGACCAGGCCCUGCAGCGAUUGGUGGAGAGGGACCAGAGGCGGGAGCAAGAAGAGGAACAGCGAUCAGCUUACCUGGCCGCUUUGCUCCGCCUACUGAACGAGGCAGAGAGCGCAGGAUUGGUCGGACCGGGUGACGUGGAGGUGGUGGAGGAAGAGGAGGAUGAGGAGGAUGAUCAAGCGCCACCAGGGGACUUUCAGGGCCCGGCCCCUCCAGACUAUGAUGAGACUGGGAGAGGGCUGAACAUGGGGAGGCCCCCGGCUGCCUGGUGGGGCCUUCUGGAGCCUCAGCUGGCUCAGGCCCUGCUGGACAGAAUGGAGCCUCAGGUGGCUCAGAAUCUGCUGGAGAGAGCGAGACAGGAGAGACUUCAGCAGGCAGGACGAGCUUCAUCAGGACUGAACAGAGUCGGCGACCAGGACGCUCUGAGACGUCUGGUUGCCAGGGUGCUGUCCAGCAUCGGCCCUAACAACGCCCAGAUAAUCUCCGGUCGCCGAGCGAGGAGGGACGUGUCUGACACCGCAGGUGAACCCGUUAGCUCCGCCCACAGGAGAAACCGCCGCUCCCUCGAUGACAUGGCUCCCCCGUCACCUAGCGUUGACCCCCCACUGCUCAGGGUGAAGAGGCUGGAGGAGGAGGAAGAGGAGGAGGAGCUCCGCCCCCCUGCUGCCGGGCUGCAGAGGAUGAAACGCAUCGAUACCAUGGCAACCGCCGCCAUGGAAGAACUGAAUAAUGGGGGUCGUAGGCGUCGGAGGAGAGCCGUCUUAAACUACGACCCCCAAAUGCUGAUUGAUCAGAUUGUGGAGUACAUGAGGGAGUAAGAGGAGAGGAGAGGAGAGGAAAGGGGAGGAGGAAAACAGGAGAGGAGAUUAGAGGAGAGGA